AUCACCCUGAAAAAGAAUAGCGUAAGCCUCAGUCCAAUUACCUUCCUUCUCUUUCCCACUAUAUAUUUUCUACCGUGUUUCGUCGUCUCUCUGAAAGCUUUUUCUUUCAAUUCACCUUCUAAAAUGGCUGCUUCAGAAGUCGUUGUGGUUAUGGAUUUCGAUAAAACGAUUAUCGAUUGUGAUAGUGAUAACUGGGUGGUGGAUGAGUUGGGUGCUACCGAGUUGUUCAACCAGCUCUUACCUACUAUGCCCUGGAAUUCUCUUAUGGAUCGAAUGAUGAAAGAACUUCAUUCACAAGGAACCAAAAUCGAAGACAUUGUAGCUGUUUUGAAAAGAACUCCAAUUCAUUCCCGAAUCAUCCAAGCCAUUAAAUCUGCUCAUGCUUUAGGAUGUGAUUUGAAGAUUGUUAGCGACGCGAAUGUGUUUUUCAUCGACACAAUCUUAAAGCAUCAUGGUUUGAAAGAAUGCUUUUCAGAAAUUAAUACAAACCCAAGCUUUGUUGAUGAAGAAGGCAGGUUAAGGAUUUUCCCUUACCAUGAUUUCACUGAACAUCCCCAUGGAUGUCCUCAUCCCUGCCCUCCAAACAUGUGCAAGGGUAUCGUGAUUGAAAGGAUCCAAGCAUCUUUAUCCGCCAUGGAGGAGAAGAAAACAAUCAUCUACAUGGGGGAUGGACUGGGUGAUUUCUGCCCCAGUUUGAAGCUUGGAGAUGGAGACUAUAUGUUGCCAAGGAAAGAUUUCCCAGUUUGGGACUUGGUUUGCAAAAACAGGAGCCUAAUAAAAGCUGAAGUUUGCGAAUGGAGCAAUGGGGAGGAGUUUGAGCAUGUUUUACUCCACUUCAUCACCAAGGUUACCAUUGACAAAAGCAACACUAAUGGCAACAAUGCUAUUCAGCUAUAUUCAGAUUGCAAAGUACAGACAAUGCCAGGCUCUUCCCAUCAAGCCUUUUCCCAAACCCUUUAUGUUCCUCAUUAGAAUGCAAAACUUGCAGAGGUUAAAAAUAAAACAUAGCUGAUGCCCUUGGUCUUGCUAUUCUUUUAUUGAAAUAACAUUAAUUUGUAUAAUUGUAAUAGUUUCAAAACGUACGAGAAUCAUAUUUAACUUGAAUUAAUUUCUAAAGUAUAAUAAUAGUAUAUUAUCUUUCUUUACA